GAAUAACCGCCAAGACUUCUUAACAUGUUUAAAUGAUCAUCAUUUGCUAUUAUAAAACUUUGCACGCGACAGCUGAUAAUAUUUAUCAGUUUUGGCGAUACGAAUUUUGGCAACGGAUUCAUUGAUUAUUUUAAAAGCAAAAGAGGAAGUUAAUUAUAUCAGAAUAAAGAGGGGUUGUUUGUAAACUGAAUUCAUUAAUGAAUUUAUGUUUGAAUGUUAAGUUGAAAGAGAUAAGAGAUAUCUUUGUUGAAAGAGAAUGUCUGUGGAAGGUGUAAGGGUGGUUAGGGGUCCGGACUGGAGUUACGGUGACGAUGAUGGCGGAGAGGGUCACGUGGGUACGGUUACUCAGGACAACGAGGAUGAUACAGUUGAAGUUCAGUGGGACAUGGGCAACUGUGGGACAUACAACACGGGAAAUGAAGGGAAGUGUGACCUGAGAAUUCUAGACAGUGCACCUGCAGGUUUGAAACACGAAGGUACAAUGUGUGACAACUGCAAUGUAGCCGGGUUUCCAGGGACCCGCUGGAAAUGUCAGACUUGUCCAGACUUUGAUCUUUGUUCUCCCUGCUAUUUCAGUGAUAAACACAAUAUUCAACAUGCGUUCCAACGGAUAGAUGCUCCCAGUCUCAGAGGUCAAGCGGUGCCGAAACGUUCCAUCAGCAACAAGAUGAGGGCACUAGGCAUGUACCAAGGUUCCAAAGUUAAACGUGGUGUUGACUGGAACUAUGGUAACCAGGACGGGGGUGAUGGAAAAAUAGGAAGUGUUUUAGAGACGAAUAACUAUGGCACAAGCGGACCAGAACGUGACUCUGUCAAAGUAGCUUGGCAAAACAAGGAAGGUAACUCUUACAGACUUGGUUACAGAGGAAAGGUUGACUUGGUCUGUGUGGAGCAAACGCCUGGAAUGGACUAUUACAGAGAUCACUUGUUCCCUAUGAAUACAAGGACACUUCCAGAUACAAAACCUAUGGCAAAGAGGACAUCCAUGCAGCUUUCAAAAAGACAAAGUGUUGUUAGAGGAAAACCUGCUACUGAAGAGAGGAAGCUGCAAAUAGGUGAUAACGUGUGCGUUGAGCUUCCGGAAAUAGCACUGAAAGAGGUUCAGAGAGGACACGGAGGUUGGAGCAUGCGCAUGAAAGAAUAUAUAGGGCAGCAUGGAUCAUUGAAGAGAUUUGAAGACAAUGGAGACUGUGUUAUCAGCUACGAUGGCAAGGAAUGGAGAUUUAAUGCAGAUGCUGUCAGAAAGAUACCCACCCUCAAAGUUGGAGAUAUUGUAAGAAUUAUAGAUGAUGGUGAUAAAGCUCAAGCGCUUCAGAAAAGGCACGGAGGAUGGCAGUCAGAGAUGGAAUCUGUGCUUGGAAAAGUUGGAAAGGUAGUGAAGAUUGAUUCAGAUGGCGAUGUCGCUGUGUCGUUUGGUACUAAGGCCUGGGUGUUUAAUGCUGCUUGUUGUACUCCUGCUCCGGGGGAGAAGGUAACGGAUUUAAGUGAUAGAGGCAGCGGACGAGGAGGGGGAGCUGGAGUUGGCGCUGGAGCUGGUGUUGGCGCCGGAGCCGGUGCCGGUGCCGGUGCCGGUGGUGGUGGUGGUGCUGGUGCUGGAGCACGUGGCGGAUCCGGAGGCAGCCGUCGUAGUGGAAGAAGUGAAGAGUCGGCUGAUUCGGAUACUGACGAGGCCUCGGAAGCUUUGGGUCAUCUUAUUGCUCAGAUGUUCUUACUGCGGGGACUACAAGGCAGCAUAAGUCCACAACUACUGAUAUCUGCAGCCGCUAAGAAUGACUCUGUAAUGGUGCAAAGAAUUUUGAAGGACAGUCCGCAGUUGAUUAACAAGACUCAUCAAGGACUCACCGCACUCAUCAUAGCAAGUCACGAGGGCCAUAAAGCUGUUGUUUCCCUGUUACUGAAGGCUGGGGCAAAUACAAAUUUGACAGAGGCAAAGGGAAACAAUGCACUCAUGGCGGCGCUGAUGAAAAAAAGAGAAGAAGUAGCUAUGAUGUUGAUAGAUGCUGGAGCAAAUAUCAAUAUGGUGAAUAGCAAUGGUAGAAGUGCUCUACAUUUUGCAGCGUCCAAUGGAUGUACCACAACGCUUAGAGAGUUACUACAAAGAGGUGCAGAUGUCAACAGACAGGAUGCUGCUGGGGAUACGCCAAUACAUGAUGCUAUUCUUAACAAGAAUGAUUCAGCAGUGUCUUUCUUGGUGGCUGAUUCGAAGAUAAAUCUUAGGUUGUGUAACAGGAAGGGUCACAGUCCACUGCACCUAGCAGCAAUGAAGGAUGAUGAAAUAUCUGUAUCGCGAAUUAUCAGUAAAGCCCCGGAACUGAAGAAUGCAAGGAAGGGUGACGGAUACACUGCACUUCAUGUAGCAGCAAUCAAUGACAACACUGAUGUCAUAAAGACACUGCUUAAAGCAGGUGUACAGGUAGACUCUGUGGAUGGUAGCAAUACCACGCCCUUGCAUUUAGCUACACACCAGGGAUAUAUUUCCGCAACACAACUGCUUAUUGAGGGUGGAGCGACUGUAAAUUGUUUGGAUAAUGACGGAGACACGCCCCUUCAUAAUUGUGUUAUGGGGAGGAGAAGCGCCGGAGAAACUGAAGCGCUUGCUAGGUUACUGUUUGGUAUCCGGGUGUCAACAGAUGGCGAAAUGAAGGAAAGAACAAACGCCGCCUGCUACCUGAUACAAAAGGGAGCGGAUGUCAGAAUAAGGAAUAAAAGGGGUCGAACCCCAAUAGAAUGUUGCUCGGACGACCGGAUGCGAAAUGCUAUCAGGCUAUAUGCAGAGAAACAUGGAAGUGCAGCAACUGGCGGAACAUCUAGACAGAGGACAGCAGGGUCUCUACUUGCAGAACUGUUUACAGAUCUGCCAAUACCAUGCAUGGGAUGUAUGGAGAAAAUGGCGGACGCCAAGUUUGGACCUUGCGGACACAAAGUGUGCUGUAAACGCUGCGCCUUUAGAGUGCGGGAAUGUCCGAUGUGUGAUAACAUGAUUCAAGAGAGAUAUGAUUUGCAGGGAAACCGACUUGUCUUGCAAGAUCCAUGUAAAGUGCAGUAAUAUAGACGAUUGUGAAGUGAACAUUUCAAUAUGGCACGUGAACUGUUCUAAUCUUUUUUUUCCCCCUAACGAACAUGUAUAUUUCCCCAAUAUGUAGAGCAAAACACAAUGAAUUGAUACUAUUUCUCAAAACAUUACUUUGCAUGGGAUGAAUUGUACACUGAAAAUGUUACAUGUAUAUAGUAAGGUUCUGCAUAUUUUGGUAGGAAGUAGUCAUUAUAACGUCAUAAGUGACGUUAUUUGGUACGAAACAAGGGAUGUCCAAGGAUGUUUCUUAAAACUUAGUACAUGUACCAUGCGGUAAACUCACAACGUUGGUAAAGACGCCAUAUGACCUGUAAUUGUAUCAUGCGACGUUAAAUCCAACAAAAAAUGGUACAACUAUGGUCAGAUAACUGAUAAAAUAAAAUUUAUUAUGAAUGAAAUCAUUUUUGCUUAAAGAAAUAUUACAUAGGGCACUACAGGGCUGAAACAUUGUUGUGCAAGUUGAAGUCUGGUUUCAACGUUCUAGAAAUGAAGUGUACAAUUUUCUUUUAAUAGUAACAUGUCUUCAAGUCUUCUUCAUGUGUAUAAACGACAGAGAUAUACAUUUGUAUGGACUUCUUGACAUUGAAAUUAAUGUAACUGUAUCCAUAAAUAUAUCUAUGCUGUGAUAGUUUACAUCUUAAAAUGUAUACCCUUUAACGUCAUGAACUGUAAACCAAAACACAUAUUUCGUACAUAUAGGUAAACUCUGUGAUAGCAAGUCAUUUCAUUAUAAAUUACUCUGACCUAGAUAUCACAACGAAUGAAAAUUUCAGAAAAUAUUGUUUUCAAAUAUUUUCAGACAUUGACCUUUUUAGUUUAUAUCUGUUAUUUUUGACCUUUUUAGUUUAUAUCUGUUAUUUUGAAUCUUUUUUCAGUUUAAGCUUCAAACAGCAUGCAAAUAUGUGUCCGUACCGUUCAAUUACAUAUGAGCCGUGCCAUGAGAAAAUCAACAUAGUGGGUUUGCGACCAGCAUGGAUCCAGACCAGCCUGCGCAUCCGCUCCAUGCUGUUCGCUUUUAAAGCCUAUUGGAAUUGGAGAAACUGUUAGCGAACAGCAUGGAGCCUGACCAGACUGCGCGGAUGCGCAGGCUGAUCUGGAUCCAUGCUGGCCGCAAACCCACUAUGUUGAUUUUCUCAUGGCACGGCUCAUUAUUAUAAAGUUCAAGAGAAUCUCACAUAGAUGUUGCAACAAUUCGUUUAAAUUCAGUACUGCAUAGCAAAACAAUGUUUUAAUCAAAAGGAAAGCUCGUGGUGUUAAAUAAAUAUUUAGUUGAAUUAGUAGUGUAAAUAUUAAAAAAAUGUAUUUGUGGUAGUUUAGCGUGUGUUUGUUUUACAGAUACUUUAAAACCUUUACUCUAAUAUUUACAUUCCAAAAUCUUAUAAUACAAAACUGUUAUCAUCAAAAAUUUAUUUUAACGCAAAACGCUGAUUGUACGAUGUAAUCACUUUAUUUCAAUCAUUUCUCAGUUGCGUUUUCAAGGAAUGCUACAAAAGAAUGCAGAAUUGAGGCAUCGUUUUUUUUUUUUUUAGAUCACCUGUCACUUAGUGACAGAGUGAAUUUUUGUGAUCUCAUUUUGUCCGUCGUCCGUUCCGUCGUCCGUUCACAAUUUCUUGUGAACACGAUAGAGACCACAUUUUGCAAUCAAUUUUAAACAAACUUGCACACAACUUGUAUUGGCAUAAUAUCUCAGUUCCUUUUGAAAACUAGCCAGAUCCCAUCGUGGGCUCUAGAGUUAUGGCCCCUUAAAGGGCCAAAAUUUCCUAUUUUGGCUUGUAAACACGAUAGAGACCACAUUUUGCAAUGGAUUUUAAUAAAACUUGUACACAACUUGUAUUGGCAUUAUAUCUCAGUUUCUUUCGAAAACUGGCCAGAUCCCAUCAUGGGUUCCAAUUUGCUAUUUUGGCAUUUGCAGCAAUAUAGAAACUUCAUUUAUGGUUUGAUUUCAUAAAAACUUGCAAAAUAUCUUUAACAACAAUAUAUUUUGGAGUCCAUGUUGAAUCCUUCAGAUCCAAUAAUAGGUUCCGGAGUUACGGCCCCUGACUGACCCCUGAAAGAGCCAAAAUUAUUACCUUGUGAACAAAAUAAAGUAACAUUUUACAUUCGAUUUUAACCACACUUACACACAACUUAAGUCACAAUAAGAUCUCGGUUCCUUUCGAAAACCGGCUAGAUUCCAUCAUGGGUUCUAGAGUAACUGCCCCUGAAUGGGGCAACAUUUUCUAUUUUAGCCCUUUCAGCCAUAUAGAGGUUUCAUUUAUGCUUUGAUUUGAUACAAACUUGCAUAGAAUGUUUAUCUUGAUGAUCUCUAGGCCAAGUUCGAAACGGGGUCAUGUGGGGUCAAAAACUAGGUCACCAGGUCAAAUCAAAGGAAAAGCUUGUUAACACUCUUGAGGGCCACAUUAUGAAUCUAUCUUCAUGAAACUUUGUCAGAAUGUUUAUCUUGAUGUUUUCUAAGUAAAGUUUGAAACUGGGUUAUGUGGGGUCAAAAACUUGGUCACCCGCUCAAAUCAAAAGGAAAAGCUUAUUAACACUCUAUGGGCUAUAUUUAUAACCCUAUCUUCAUGAAACUUGGUCAGAAUGAUUUUUUUAAUGAUUCCCAUGCCAAAUUUGAAACUGGGUCAUGUGGGGUCAAAAGCUAAGUCACCACUAGAGGCCAAAUUUAUGCCUCUAUCUUCAUGAAAUGUUUAGAAGAAUCUUCAGUGUUUAUCUUGAUGAUUCCAAGGCCAAGUUCAACAGGUGAGCGAUAAAGCGUCAGCAUGACCCUCUUGUUUUGUUACUUUACAUUUAUUCAAAUUCUGAUCAUGUUUUUGUUAAAUAUGUCUUCAAGUAUAUCAUUUAAUGAAACAUUAUAUAUGUCAUGAAUUGUGUAAGUGUUUGUUUGCUUGUUUAUAUAUUCUAGUAUAGUCCACACGAGAAAUAUGAAUAACAGAAUUGUCAAGCACCCGCUUUAACCUGUAUUAACAGGACAUAAGAAUAAUAUACACUGAAAACAUGUUUUACAGUGACUGACCAAACACCGGAAAACUCGUAGCUCGUAGUCUUGCUUCUGAAAAGAAGGAGUAGUAGGAAUCUACAAAAUAAAAAAACUAGUUUAUUUGGUUUAUAAUAUUCUUCAUGAAAUAUGAAAAAGGAAAUUUUAAAGACAGUUUUGUUCAUUUACUUCUUGUCACAGUUUGGCAUUUAUAUUUUUGUUAUAUAUGUGUACAUUUAGCCACACUCUACAUAGUGAACUGUAUAGUUUAACUAGGAAUAAACAUUCUGUAUUAACAUAACUUAUUAUGAUACAAAACCUUCACUGAAUAGUUAGUUGAUCAUUCUUGACACACCGAUCUAUAAUCCUCCAGACCACGUAUGCGAUCAGAUUAUUGCUCAUGACCUUAUUUCGGCCCGUCUCGACGGGGGACGGUAUUACGAUAAGACUUUUGUCUAAAAACUACCAAAAGACCGAAGCCAUCGAAUACCGUUGUGGUAGUAUUUACCUUACUUUCUGUGUGAGCAAUUAUAGUUUAAUUGCGAUUGCUUUGGCAAGCUGAGAAAUAAUAUCGUUUUGAGCUGCCGAAAGGAUUUUCAUCUUUGCCACUUUCGAAUCCUUCAUUGUUGACUUGUUUAUAAUUAUGUUGACAUUGAUUAUUUCAUUUUCUGAUGAAAACAUCAUGAUUUCAUACCUUUUGUAAACAAUGAUACGAAACAACAGAAAUGUCCAAUACGUUUCCGAAAAUCCUCUCUAAUUCCUACAUGAUUUCAGUGAAGUUCAACUAUAAAUACAGAAUGUAAUUUGAAUAAGAUAAAUUUUAUAUUUAGGUUACAUAUUACUAAAUUAAAUGCAGUUCCUUCUUUAUUUCAUAUAAACAAUUUAAUCAGUAGACGUCAUUUUUUCAGUAAGCGCAAUUCAAUGAUAUGAAAACCACAUAUAGCCGGAUAGUAUAACAUGUCUUCUUACCACAAAUAAAAGCAAAAA